AUGGGUAGCAAUCAAAAAAGUACUUAUUCAUUCAAAUUCAGGAAUCCAAAGCUAGGAUUGAUUAAGGGGUUGAUCUCAGAUGUGAAAAAAAUCAGAAGGAACAACUUUUAUGUUGAGUAUGGUGACCUAUUGACUAUCAUGAACACCGAGGUGGAUGCUUGGGCCAUUUUCACUUUGGCACAAUUCUAUGAUCCUCCCUUGCGGUGUUUCACAUUCCAGGACUUCCAGUUGGCGCCAACACUUGAAGAGUUCUCACAUAUAUCAAACAUUGGCGUCAAGGAUGAAAUCCCUUACACCGGUCUAGGGGAACUUCCUACACAUCAACAAAUAGGUUCAGCUAUACGUCUAGAUAAAGCGGAAGUGAAAGCUAAUCUUGGACCAAAAGGAGGCACUUCAGGUUUCACUUUGAAGUUCUUAGUGGGAAAAGCUUCAGAUUUCAAAAGUAAAGAAGAUUGGGUCGCUUUCAAUGCUGUGUUAGCCUUGAUACUCUAUGGGAUUGUCUUGUUCCUGAACAUUGAUGACUUCGUGGACACGACUGCUAUACGCAUUUUCUUGCUCAAGAAUCCCAUUCCCACCUUGCUUGCAGAUGUUUAUCACUCUAUCCAUUGGAGAAAUGAGAAGAAGGGGGGGAUGAUCCAGUGUUGCGCUCCUUUACUAUAUAAAUGGUUCUUAUCUCACUUACCAAGCGAAGGGCCUUUUGUUCAGAACAAGGAUAACCUCAAGUGGUCUCAAAAAAUCAUGUCUCUCACUGCCAAUGACAUCACCUGGUACUCUCGUGUUUAUGAUGAUGUGGACAUAAUCGUCAAAUGUGGCAACUUCCAUAAUGUGCCACUCAUAGGAACUCGAGGUUGCAUCAAUUACAAUCCUGAGCUUGCUAUGCGGCAACUUGGGUUUCCUAUGAAUGACAAACCAGAAGACAAGUUGUUAGAAGGUUUCUUGCUGGGAGAAGGAGUGAAGGACGUUGAUUUGGUGAAGAGGAUAGGUCGUGCCUGGACUAAAGUUCAUAGAGAAGGAAAAAGGGAGCGUGGAAAGAAGAAUUGUAUAGCUAGAGGGCCAUAUACAAGUUGGGUCCAAGCCAGAGCUUCUCAAGACAAACUACCAUACCCUUAUGAGCCUCCAAUGCAUACAAAUCCUCCAGAACCUACUCACGUCACUAUGGAGGAAGCUAAAGAGCUCAAAGUUGUCAUCCAAAGUUUGGAAAAAGAGAAUGAAGAGCUAUGGUUGAACCUUCUCCGGAUUACUGAAGAAAGGGAUAAUCAUAAGUGGGAGCUUGGGCGAAAGAAAACACAACUUCAAGCAAAUGUGGAAAGGACUGAUAAGGAGGAAUAUAAGAGAAAAAGAGUCAAACAGGGGUUAGAUCAGGCUGAGAGCUGCUUGAAUACCGUCAAAAGCCAACUAAAAAAGGCUGAGAGGGAUUGUCAUGAGAAAGAGAAAUGGUGGAAGCUCGCCACAAAACAAAAGAAGGAGAUAAGAGAGACGCUUGAGGCUGAGAUAGCCAACCUCAGUGUUUCACUCUGUGAAUCAAAAGAAAGGGAAGAACAAGAACGCCGCAGUAAAGAGAGCGCUAUGGCUGCUACUCAGGUUACACCUAAAAUGUGGAAUGGAAAGUGCCAGGAGGUUGAAAAUGCUAAUGAGUGGGAACGAUACUGGAGAGGCAGACAUGACUCUUUGCUACAAGAAGGUGAAGAUUGGAUGAACGCAAGGGAAAAUGUGAAUGCUAGUUUGGCAGCCUGCGAGGAAACCAUCUAG